UCAAAAUAACCCCAACAGAAUACCUCAGACAAAAUAAUAAAAUACACAACAAGAAUAAUAGCCUCAUUUUUAUUAAUAAUACAGUACUAGUGUUGCAAUAAAAACCGCCAGAAUUUUUUUUCACGUUUGUUAUGAUUUGUGAGGCAUACGCCAUGAUGAUUUACCUCAGAGAAUAAUCAUCGCAGUAUUCGCCACGAAUAUUUCAUUAUUUUACCACUCAAAAACGCGUUAAUUCUGUUUCAGAGACACGUAACGUGAUGUUAAUGACAUUAACUAUUUCAAAAGAAAAAACUGAGCAGUCAUAAUAAUGUGGAAAUUAAUGUACGAGAGAAUACUGACACGUACGAGUGCACUCACGUCGCAUCCACACGAUACUGGCGGGAUCCUCUUGACUCGAAUGAACGCAACGCUCUCGACCAUCUACGCUCUGUCCUCUGGACAAGGAAAAUGUGGCGUCGCUGUGGUGCGAGUGUCUGGUAGUGCUGCCUUGGAUGCUCUCACAAAAAUGACUAGCUUGAAUAAUCCAGAGCCGAGAAAAGCAUUUCUCAGAAAAAUAUAUGAUCCCGUAACGAGAGACGUCAUUGAUAAGGGAUUAUGUUUAUGGUUUCCAGGUCCCAACUCGUUCACCGGUGAAGACAGCGUUGAGUUCCAGGUUCACGGUGGCUCAGCGAUCCUCCAAGCCAUAAUGUCCGCCCUAGGAAAGCUGAAAUUCCGACCAGCAGAGGCUGGUGAAUUCACGAAGCGUGCGUUUUACAACGGAAAAUUGGAUUUGACUGAGAUCGAAGGUUUAGCAGACCUCAUCCACGCAGAGACUGAGCAGCAGAGGAAGCAGGCACUCCUCCAAGCAGACGGAAACCUCAGUAAACUCUACAACAACUGGAGGGACAUCCUAUCUAAAAUCCUAGCCCACGUUGAGGCGUACAUCGAUUUCAGUGAGGAUGACAAUAUCGAGGACAAUGUCCUCACUAUUUGUAAUGAAAGGAUUAGAGAAUUGGUUGCACCGAUUUCUAAUCAUCUUGCUGAUGGCAGGAAGGGAGAGAUCUUGAGGAUUGGCGUGAGAACGGCUAUUAUAGGUCGGCCGAAUGUCGGCAAGAGUAGUCUCAUGAAUUAUUUGGUCCAAAGAAAUGCUGUCAUCGUGACUCCAAUCGCUGGAACAACGAGAGAUGUUGUGGAGCUGAAUGCCAACAUUUGUGGAUACCCUGUGAUCCUAGCUGACACUGCAGGACUCGCUGAGAGCACUCAAGAUAUCGUUGAGUUGGAGGGAAUCAGGAGGGCUAAAGUCUACGCCAAGAACGCGGAUUUAAUUAUUCUGAUGGUGGAUGCAUCCUCGUUUGUGUCGAGUCGAUUGAGUUUUAGAGAAUAUGUUAAGAAUUAUAUCAGUGAACUGGAGAUGAGUGAGAUUAUUUCGGAGCACGGUGGAUUAUCGAGAAAUUGUGUGGUGGUGGUUAAUAAAACUGAUUUGGUUCAGGAGGAGGUGAAGAGGGAAUUGAGGAGGUUUGAGGCUGUUCCUAUUUCUUGUACCAAUGAGGAGGGGUUCGGGGAGUUUAUGGCAUCGUUGGAGAACAAAUUUCAGACAAUAUGUGGAAACCCGUCUCGAGAGAAUCCGACAAUAAGUCAAGCGAGACACAGAACGCACUUAAAUAAUUGUUUGGAGUAUUUAGAAACGUAUCUGGAGAUGAGUUCUAGAGAGGAGUACGAUAUGGUGAUUGCAGCGCAACAGAUUCGCAAUGCAAUGAGAGAGCUAGGGAAAAUCACUGGACACAUCAGCACAGAAGAGAUUUUAGAUAUUAUUUUUACGAGUUUUUGUAUAGGAAAAUGAGAAAAAUAAAAUAAAGAAUUGUAAAUAUCAAU